GAAAAACUGGCAACCCUGAUCUGGAGCGGAGACCUGAACCAGGAAGUUGGUCACCAGAUCGGUCACCAGCUAAACCGUAACAGCGGCCGGUGGUGUCGUCUUCGUCUCCGUGGGUUGUUUACUGUAUUAAAUAUUUAGUAUAGGAUGCCAGUUCACCCGCGGGACAGAAAAGAAAAUCACCACGAAGAAAUGGACGUGGACUAUCCCGAACAAGAGGCCAGCAGCUCCGACGAAGAGGACUCCGUGAGCUCGUCCGCCUCUGAGGAUGGAGACACUUCAGACAUGGAUGAUGAAGACUGUGAGAGGAGGCGAACGGAGUGUUUAGAUGAGAUGACAAAUCUCGAGAAGCAGUUCACAGACCUGAAGGAUCAGCUGUAUAAGGAGAGACUGAGCCAGGUGGAUCUUAAAUUGCAAGAGGUGAUAGCAGGCAGUGCUGCGGAGUACCUCGACCCCCUGGCCACCCUGCAGGAGAACAUGCAGAUCCGAACCAAAGUCGCAGGUAUCUAUCGUGAGCUCUGCUUGGAAUCUGUCAGAAACAAGUAUGACUGUGAGAUGCAGGCAGCCAGUCAGCAUUGGGAGAGUGAGAAGCUCCUGCUUUUUGACACGGUUCAGAGUGAACUGGAAGAGAAGAUCAGGCGACUGGAAGAGGACAGACACAGUAUAGAUAUAACUUCAGAACUGUGGAAUGACGGUCUGCAGUCUAGGAAGAAUAAAAAGAAGGAUCCCCUCAGUCCUGGAAAGAAGAAAAAACCUGCCGUUGUGUCAGGACCAUACAUUGUUUACAUGUUGCAAGAUCUGGAUAUACUCGAAGACUGGACUGCCAUAAGAAAGGCUAUGGCUUCAGUGGGUCCUCAUAGAGUAAAAGUAGAUGCUCCGUUGAAACCAGAAAGACACCAUCAUGUUGCCCGAUCAGAAGAUGGUCGCCUGUUCUAUGACAACAAAUGGUACAGCCGGGGUCAGGCCAUAUGCAUCAACAGGAAGGACGAAUACCCCACCAGUGCCACAAUAACCACUAUUAACCAUGACGAGGUUUGGUACAAACGUCUGGAUGGCAGCAAAUCAAAGCUUUACAUCUCUCAGCUCCAGAAAGGCAAAUACACUAUAAAGCGCUCCUAAAGAUCCUCCUCAUCUUCCUCCAGUCUCCAUUUCCAGUGUCAAACCAAACCUUCACUGGUUCCAUGCCCUUCUCCGUUUGUCACCAUGUCGACUCGUUCAUGCUGGAUGAUACAUGCAUGUACCACAUGUUUGCACUUCCUAAGUUCAAGCUGCUAUUCAAACACCUGGUUGCCAAGGAAACAGUGAAAGUGUGUGUGUGUGUGUGUGUGUGCCUUGAUGACAAAGAUGAGCCAGUAAAGCCUUGUUCAAAGCAGUGAAGCCCAACUUAUUGGUAUUGCUGAUACCGAACACAUGACAGUUCCCAUGCCUUUUAUGAAAUAUAGAGUCAGUAUUUUUAUUUGUUGAUUUAUGGAGCAUGUCUCAGUGUUCUGAAAUGAUUUAGUGCCAUGUAUCCUGUUCUGUGUCUUUGAGAUGCAUAAUGUUUUAAACAACAGAACGAUCCGCAAAGUGUUAUUUUUCUACUUGUUCUAAAAAA